UUGCCGCUUUGUGUUGGGUUAGAAUGGAAGGUAAUAUGAAGAGUCUGUGGCGGCCAUUAAUGGCGGUAGCUUUGCUUUCCCUGUUGAGUUUCUGUAAUGGGGAAGACCCUUAUAGAUUCUAUACAUGGAUCAUUACUUAUGGCGAUAUCUCUCCUCUUGGAGUCAAGCAAAAGGGGAUAUUGAUAAACGGGAAAUUCCCCGGGCCGCCGAUUGAGAGUGUUACCAAUGACAACUUGAUCGUCAACGUUUUCAACAAUCUUGAUGAACCAUUCCUGCUGACAUGGAACGGUUUGCAGCAGAGAAGGAACUCGUGGCAGGACGGCGUUCAUGGCACAAACUGCCCAAUCCCGCCGGGGAAGAACUAUACUUACGCCCUUCAAGUUAAGGAUCAGAUCGGAACCUUCUUCUAUUUCCCAUCCCUGGCCAUGCACAGAGCCGCCGGAGGGUUUGGCGCCAUCAAGAUUGAUAGCCGUCCCAAGAUUCCGGUACCCUUUCCUCCACCCGCCGGAGAAUACCAGAUUCUCGUCGGUGACUGGUUCACUAAAAGUCACAACGAUCUGAAAGGGAUUUUGGACCGUGGGGGCGAUCUUCCCGUCCCAGAUGGCCUUUUAAUCAACGGGCAUGGAUCAGACAGAUUCACCUUCACAGUUGAUCAGGGGAAAACCUACAGGUUUAGGAUAUGCAAUGUUGGGCUCACAACUUCCAUUAACUUCAGAAUCCAGGGCCACAAAUUGGUGGUGGUUGAAGCAGAAGGAACACACACAUUGCAAAAUGUGUAUGAUUCCCUGGAUGUUCAUCUAGGCCAAUCCUACUCCAUUUUGCUCACUGCAAAUCAAGAUCCAAAGGACUAUUAUCUCGUGGCGUCUACCCGCUUCAGCUCCAGAGUUCUUGCUGCAACAUCCAUCCUCCAUUACCAAAACUCGAAACAAACUGUUUCUGGCCUUCCUCCACCCGGUCCAACUAUCGAGACUGAUUGGUCUCUCAAUCAGGCCCGGGCCAUUAGACAGAAUCUGACAGCGAGUGGACCGAGGCCGAACCCCCAAGGCUCUUACCACUAUGGAGAGGUGAAUAUCACUCGCACAAUUAUACUGCAAAACUCAGCUCCUAUCGUCAAUGGUAAGCGAAGAUAUGCUGUCAAUAGCGUGUCGUUCCUCCCAGCAGACAUUCCGCUUAAACUUGCAGACCACUUUGAUAUCCGGGGGGUAUUCACCCUCGGAAGCAUUAAGGACAGCCCCAUUGGCAGCCCUGUUAGCCUUCAGACUUCUGUUAUGGCUGCUGAUUUCAGGUCCUUUGUUGAGGUUGUUUUCCAGAAUCCUGAAAACACUUUGCAGUCUUGGCACCUAGACGGCCAAAUCUUCUUCGUAGUGGGGAUGAAUCGUGGACAGUGGUCAGCUGGUAGCAGAUCAGUUUACAACUUGAGAGAUGGAGUAACUCGCAGCACAGUUCAGGUUUAUCCAGAAUCAUGGACUGCAAUUUACAUGCCACUAGACAACGUAGGAAUGUGGAACGUAAGAUCAGCGAACUGGGCGCGACAGUACUUGGGUCAGCAGUUUUAUCUUCGGGUAAAUACUGAUUCGAGUUCCUUGAGGAACGAGAAUCCGAUUCCUAAGAAUGCUCUUCUCUGUGGUCGAGCUUUAGGGCGCAAGUCUGAGAUUGUUGUUGAUGAAACAGAAGAACAAUGGGAGCUCAAUGUAUAAUGACAACUGCAAGUUCUGCAACCAAGAAUGCCAGCACAAGUUGGGCUGUUUUCGAUUCUUGAUUUUCUUCUACGUGAUUCUUGUUUUUGGGGAAGUUUAAGGUUAUGGUUUUAUAGUUGAAGUGCAGGGAAUGUGAUGUUACUGAACCAAAUUAAAUUUUUUAACUUAUUCAUUAAUUCUGUUGUUUUGGUAUGAAUCUUGAUUAUGUGGUUCUUCU